AUGUGCGCUCCAGUGAAAAGGCCAAGGUGUUUCAGGUAUCGAAAGCAGAAGAUUGAGUGCAGGUCGAGUGAUUCGGGAUUUGAGGAAGAUCUGUUUACUCCCUCUUCUAGUCCUUCUCUGGACUUGACACAUAAUAGCCAGAGUGCAGAUGUACACACGCCACACAGAGAUAUAUCAGAGUUGAGCAUUUUCAGGGAUUAUGGAGAAAGCAGCUUCAACAUUCAGAAAAGCAAGGAAGAAAAGUUCCUCCCUAUUAACUGCUUAUCUCGACAGCCACAGGUCACGGCAGAGGCACGCUGUAGAUUGGUGAGCUGGCUAAUCCCCGUCCAUAGACAUUUCAAACUGUCCUUCGAGACCUGCUGUCUCACCAUCAACAUCAUGGACAGAUUCCUCGCCACCACGCCGGUGGCAGCCGACUGUUUCCAGCUGCUGGGAGUCACAUCGCUACUCAUUGCCAGUAAACAGGUUGAAGUUUACUCGCCCAGCAUUAAACAGCUGCUUUCCCUGUGCUGCGACACCUUCACCAGAGACCAGCUGUGUAAUCUGGAGUGCAUCGUCUUAAUGCGGCUGAACUUCAGGCUGGCAGCACCCACUCCAGCCUUCUUCUUGGACCAUUUCAUGAACCAGCGACUGGCAUGUGGCAGCAGGGGCGAUGCGGGGAGGUGCUGGAGUCUGGCGAGGAGGAUCUGUGAGCUGAGUCUGGCCGACUAUGCCUUUAAUCGCUACCCGCCCUCAGUAAUGGCGCUGUGUGCUGUGGAGUUGGCGGAGCUACUGCUGGGGGAAGCCCCCGGUGCUGACCUGCAGCGGGGAGAGGAGGGUGCCCACACACUCGCCCAGGACUGCGUCCACAAUCUGAGGCUGCUGGUGACCCUGAAUCAGGAGGUGCUGCACACUAUGGCGGAACUGUGA